ACGUAGCAAACUUCACAUUAUUGUUUGAUCAUCCAUCGUUCAUCAAUCAAGCGGCUGGUUAUUUUCUAAUUUUACAUUAUUUUUCAAUAUAGUGCCAAUAAUUGUUACAUUUAAGAGUGCUAAUUUGAUCAUUAUUCAAGCCAACGUUGUAAAUGUGAACCAUUCUAAGUUAAUGUUUGCAAACGUGCAUAUGCUUUGUUGUGAGAACCACCUUUAUCUGCUGUCAUUUUGAGUUGUAGCGACAAAAUUUUGAUAAUGAAACAUAAGUUAACGAAUAACUGGUAGGCUAUCCAUCGGAUAGUGGCAUGAAAUGACAAAACAUUACAGUAUUGUUGAUGCGUCGUGAUGAGAGUGGAGUUAUUACUUGGUGCAGCAAUUGGGAGAAUGUGUGGUGGCGUUUAGCCUCUGUGGCAGGGGACGUCAGAAACCGUUGAGAAUGGAGACAAUAAAAGACGAGGAGCGUCUCCAGCGGCUGCGUGCCCUUGAGGAACGGCUCUGCGAUCCGCGAUCCACUGGCAACGUGGACUGCUUGCUCGACACGGUCACGGCGCUCGUCUCCGACUGUGUCCACCCGGCGAUCCGUCGUAUGAAAAAUGUCGAAGCCUACACAAGUAGAUAUGAGGAAUUUUCUUCAGAUAUUAUUGAUUUGCGUAUGAAGGCAGCUGACUUUGAUCUAAUAAAAGUAAUUGGCCGUGGAGCAUUUGGUGAAGUACAACUAGUCAGGCAUAAGUCCACACAAAUGGUGUAUGCCAUGAAACUUCUCAGCAAGGUUGAAAUGAUCAAGAGGUCAGACUCUACAUUCUUCUGGGAGGAACGACACAUAAUGGCACAUGCAAAUUCAGAAUGGAUUUUAAAAUUACACUAUGCUUUUCAAGAUCUCAAAUAUCUAUAUAUGGUAAUGGAUUAUAUGCCUGGUGGUGACCUUGUUAGCCUUAUGUCUAAUUAUGAUAUACCAGAGAAAUGGGCAAAGUUCUACACAAUGGAAAUUGUACUAGCUUUAGAUGUCAUACAUGGUAUGGGCUUUGUGCAUAGAGAUGUAAAACCAGAUAACAUGUUAAUUGAUAAGUAUGGUCAUUUAAAAUUGGCUGAUUUUGGCACAUGCAUGAGGAUGGGGCCUGAUGGUCUUGUACGUGCUAGUAAUGCUGUCGGAACACCUGAUUAUAUUUCACCAGAAGUUUUACAAUCACAAAAUGGUGAAGGAGUUUAUGGACGUGAAUGUGAUUGGUGGGCUGUGGGAAUAUUUUUAUAUGAAAUGUUAAUUGGUGAUCCACCGUUCUAUGCAGAUAGCUUAGUGGGAACAUAUGGAAAAAUAAUGGACCAUAGAAAUUCUUUACAAUUUCCUGAUGAUGUUGAAAUUUCAAAGGAAGCCAAAUCUCUCAUCAGAGGCCUCUUGACAGAUAGGACAAAAAGAUUGGGUAAGAAUAGUGUUGAUGAAAUAAAACAACAUCCUUUCUUUAUCAAUGAUCAAUGGAGUUUUGAAAACCUUAGGGAUUCAGUUCCACCAGUGGUGCCUGAAUUGUCUAGUGAUGAUGACACAAGAAAUUUUGAUGAUAUUGAAAAGUCAGAUGCCUUAGAUGAAUCCUUUCCUGAGCCUAAAGCUUUUGUAGGUAAUCAUUUACCAUUUGUUGGUUUUACAUACAAUGGUGAUUACCAAUUGUGUGGAGGCAAGUUAAAACCUGCAGAUGUAGUUGAUACAAUUUCUAAUAAUCAUGUCAAUAAUGUUGGAUCUGAAGCUAUAUUACAACUGGAAAAGCUCUUAGAGCGAGAAAGAGAAAGUAGACGUAAAUUGGAAAACCGUCAAGAAAUCCUUUGUGGUCAAGUUGAAGAAUUGUGUGAGAGAGAAUCUAGAAGCAAAAAAAUUAUAGCAGAUACGGACAAAGAAAUAGCUUUGCUCAGGCACAAUCUAAAAGAACUACAGAGAAAAGCUGAAAUAGAAGCAGAAUCUAAAAAGAAAGCUGAAGCAAAUUACAUUGAAGCUAAGCGGCGUUUGGAAGAGGAACAAAGUAAGAGAUCAAAAGAAUUUAUUAACUUACAGAGUUACAAUGACAAAAUCAACGCUUUAGAGAAGCAAUUAACAGAAGUAAGAGAGAAACUAAAACAAGAAUCCGAAGCGGCGGCUAAAUCUAGAAAACAGGCGGCAGAGCAGUCGGCCGCCCAAGCCGCCGCCGCUGCUAUGAACGAUGGUGCUGUUGCGAAUUUGCGUGCACAACGAGACGCCUUGGAACGUGAGCGCAGUGUGUUGUCUGAUGAAUUAGCGGCCGUAAAGGCCGCCAAACAACGUUCUGAAGCAGCUGUGGCGGAUGCUACUAGUAGAUUAAAUGCAGCUCACGCCGAGUUAGAAAGGACAUCUAGUAAACUAUCGCAAACUCUAGCUGAUAAUAGGCAGUUGUCUGAACGUGUUUCAUCACUUGAAAAGGAAUGUGCUUCUCUGGCGCAUGAACUACGAGCUGCUCAACAUCUUUACCAACAAGAAUUACGGGCUCAUCAAGACACUCAGAGAUCUCAGAUGCUAUCUAAGCAGGAAGCCAAUUUGGAAAUAGUCAAAGCUCUUCAGAGUAAAUUACAUGAAGAGAAGACGGCAAGACAGCGGUCCGAGUCUGUAUGUCAGGAGAAAGAUCGUCAGAUGUCGAUGUUGAGCGUUGAUUAUAGGCAGAUGCAGCAACGCCUGCAGAAACUCGAAGGGGAACAUCGUCAGGAGAGUGAAAAGGUCGUGGGAUUAGCCGCAGCGUUGGAACAAGAGCGUACUGCGCGAUUGGCAGCUAGCAGCGAGGCGGCCACGGCUGAGGCAGCUACCCGCGCCGCUAACGCAGAAAGGGAUGCUCGCGCCCGGGAGAUUCAGUCCGUUCGUUCAGCAUUGCAUGAGAUUGAGGAGAAAAUGGCUGCGACCAGCGCCGAGCGGGACAUGUAUUAUGCAAGGAGUGAAGAGCUCCGUUCUCAGCUGGAAAACGAGCAGCACUACUGCCUGAUGUACAGGAGCCAAGUUGGCGAGCUGCAGCGGCAGAUUGAGGAGAACACGCGCUCCACCAGGGACCUGGAGCAGGAGCGGGCCAGUCUGAUGCACCAGUUGCAGCUUGCCAUCGCCAGGGCCGACUCGGAAGCUAUUUCUAGAUCAAUAGCGGAAGAGACAAUAGGCGAGCUGGAAAAAGAGAAGACUAUGAAAGAGUUGGAGAUGCGUGAUGCUCUGACGCAGCACCGCAGCGAGCUGGCGGCGAGGGACGCGCUCGUGCAGGGGCUGCGUGACCGCGACCACGAGAAUCGCGCCACCAUCGACCUGCAGCGGAAGGAGGUAGACGAACUUCGCCGCAACGGCACAGCACUAGCGGAGCGAGUCGCGACCCUUCAGCGGCUGCAGGAGGACGUGGAUCGUCUCAACAAAAAGCUCAACUCGGAGAUCAUGCUCAAACAGCAGGCCGUCAACAAACUGGCAGAGAUCAUGAACAGAAAAGACAUGAACCCGACGACAACAAAGAACAAGAACAAGAUGUCAGUGCGCAAGGACAAGGACUACCGGAAACUGCAGCAGGAGCUGACGCGAGAGAAGGAGAAGUUCGACCAGCUGGUGGCGAAGCUGCAGCGCGACCUGCAGGACACGCAGCAGCAGGUGGUCGAAGAGCAGCAGACGCGCUUGCGGCUCGCUAUGGAGGUGGAUAGUAAAGAUGCGGAAAUAGAGCAACUGAAAGAAAAACUUGCUGCAUUGACGAGCGAAACUGCGUCACAAUCGUCCGCCGACGCGGAGGACGGCGAGACGGAACAAACGCUCGAGGGCUGGCUAUCGGUGCCGUUUAAGCAGAAUAUUCGCCGGCACGGCUGGAAGAAGCAAUAUGUAGUCGUCUCCUCCAAGAAGAUUAUAUUCUACAACUCGGAGAACGACAAGCAGAACACCACCGACCCAGUUAUGAUUUUAGAUUUGAGCAAGGUGUUCCACGUGCGGUCGGUGACGCAGGGCGACGUGAUUCGCGCAGAUGCGAAAGACAUCCCGCGCAUCUUCCAGCUGCUGUAUGCGGGCGAGGGCGAGGCGCGCCGCCCCGGCGACCUGGCCGACCUGCCCGCGGACACCGCCGACCACGCCGGUAACACGGUGCAACAUAAAGGACACGACCUGGUGAGCAUCACGUAUCACAUGCCGACUGCCUGUGAGGUCUGCACCCGCCCGCUCUGGCAUAUGUUCCGUCCGCCUCAGGCCUACGAAUGCCGGCGGUGCCGGAUGAAGAUCCACGCGGAGCACGUGUCGGAGGGCGAGGGCGUGGCGGGCGUGGCGGCGUGCAAGCUGCACGCGGACCGCGCGCGCGAGCUGCUGCUGCUGGCGGCCGCCGCGCCCGACCAGCGCCGCUGGGUGGCGCGCCUGGCGCGCCGCGUGCAGCGCUACGGCUACCGCGCCGCGCACCACACCAACCACGACCACACCAAGCUCUCGCCCAGAGACUCGAUGCGUUCGAACCUGAAGCCUGCGUACAUGAAUGCAUCACAGCGCAGUUCCACGCUGCCCGCAAACGCGUCGCUGCCGCGGCAGUGAGAGACCUCGGCGACGUCCUCCCGACGUCUGAUUCAACUCUCAGCUGACAUCAUACGCGACCUUUUGUGGACGUCUUUCCGACGUCUCGGACCUGACCUGAUAUCUCGGACGUCUGCUCGAUAUCCAAACUGACUCUUUUGCAGAGGUUCUCUCAACAUUCGACGGACGAUCGCUUAAAACAGUUGCAUCUACCAUAUCGGAAUUGAAUAGUCUAGCUUCAUCUGUUUUUUGUACUAACAUAUUUUAGACAUAUCCAUUUGAAUGGCUAGUUUUUAGCAAACGUUAAAAACGAUGCUAUUAUUUUACAGUGUUGUCACUACUGGAAAGUGUCUUGCGCAUAACAUUUGGUGACGAUUAUUUGGAACCUAUAUUGAAAAUUUAUAAUCCGGUUCAGUGUAUUUAGCUAGUCUUGUAAUAAUAUUUAGGUCCCCAUUAUUCAAAUUGUUUACACGAGUUCAGCUUCUCUGCUGUGAUAGAUAUUGAAAAUAUUUAUGUUAAUAUUAUGUACUUAGAAGUUUAUGUCGGUUAUAUAGAGCGAUAUGCUGCUAACCGCCAGUGUGAUACCCACACGACCCAAUACAUUGGAGAAUCAGACUUUCUAGUGAAAUGGAGAACGCUUGUUUGUUUAGUUGUUCUGCAUUGAUUUUUUUUUUUAUUGGUGUUAGUUGUUCAGUGACGAAAUUAUAUGGCCAAUGUGACAUUAAAAUAUAAUCAGUAAAUAUGAACUGCAAUUAGAAUCUUAUAGCUUUCAGAAUAGAAAGCGAAUCUGACGCUGUAUCAUAGAAUGGAGCGAGAGUCAAUAAUUCGAUUUAAACAUAGUUAUUACAAUACAAGCUUAUUAUUAUGUGAUUUUAGUGUGUAACGUAUAUAAAUUGAGUGGCCUGAUCGUUUUAUUAUUUACCCAAAAAUGUAAUAACAUUUUAGUAAUUUUACCAUUUGUGGAAUCAUGUAAAUAUUUGUUUGUGUUAAUAUUGCGAUAUUACUUUGCUUGUAUAAUAAGUGCGUUCGUCAGAAUUGUGAGCCUUCAUAAUGACAUUUGAUAUGUGGCCAAAUAAGUAUUUUAGCUUUUUUUUUGGAUUCAGAGUAAAUUCACAUAUAGUAUUUAACUUUAGUUCUUUUUAAAACUAUGUUAAAUGGUACUAAAUUUAAUAAAAAAUAUUUUAAUACAUACAUACAACAUCUAGAAAUCAUAUUAACAGUGUUAACUAUGACAAAGUAUUAAGAUAGUAUAUAUUUUUUUAUCUGUAAGUAUCUAAUAUAUAAUCACUGCAAAUUUUAACAACUUCCUCCACCUUCUUGUACAACUGACAAAAGUUUCUAUCGAUAGGCACGUUAUCGCUGUAGUGUGCAAUAAAAUACAGCGAAACGGCCGUUUUAUUUUUUCUUAUUCGUACAUCAACGACAACGUAUAUAAUGAAAAUGUAUUGAUUGAUUAGUUCGAUGCUUGUCUAGAUUAGUUAUUAAAAUGCCAGAUAUCUAACUACAAGUUAAAAUGGAAGAAACUCAUAUAGGCUCAGCCAUUACAUAAUAGUGCAGCACUUUAUUUAAUCAUGAACUUAAAAAAACAUUGCCCUUUAUAAGUAGCAGUAUUUAAAAUUAAAGUAGCAACUUUUUUUUAGUUUUUAAGGGUUUUUACCUUCAAGAAUAUCAGCCCUGCAAUAGGCCUGAACUUAUAUCUCAUAUCCACUUAUUACUUUGUCAUAUUUACCAAUCAUAAAAUUGAAUGAUGAAAAUGUAAUAAUAAGGUAUUAAACUUUUCGAAUUUAUAACUUACAUCAUAGAAAGUGAGGAACAGUUUAAAAGAUAGCGUGAACAUUUGUGAAUGAUAUUUAGUUGAUUUAAUUUACAUUAUAAAUUUUUAUUUUUUUACAAACAUUUUUUUUACCAGAUUAGCAUUUUGUAUUUUGUUACUAUUUUAUGUUGGAACACCUAUGUAUUGGUUCUCUGAUAUACGUGUAAUAGAAAGUAAUACUUAAUAUUGGAAUAUUUUGCUGAUGACUACAUUUUCGUGGUUAGAAAAUCAACAUAUUUUAUUAAGCGUUCAAGCAUAGGAUGUAUUCCGUUAACUGACACCAUAACGUUUGAAAAUCUUUGCUCAUAAUUAGCUCAGUUCUUUCAUAUUAUAUGAAAUAGUUUAUAAUAAAUCUUUUUUAUAUAUAAACAAAGUCUCGUAUUCACGGCCUUAUACAUCACAACAUGUACGGGAAAACGUAAUUUUGUGCACCGCAUCAACUAAAAAGACUUCAAAAGUAUAACUAUUAUAUAAUUCACGAAGACUAAACUAAAUUUAAAUGGUGAUAGGCAAAUUCUAAAAACACACUUGUACUACGUAUUUGCACUGUUUUUAAUAACUGUUAAAUGUCCAGUAGCAUUAUUUGUAGUUAUUCAAUCGUGUAUAGUAACUGGUAUUGUUAUUUACACAGAUGCACUGGUUACAAAUAUACACUGAGCACUCUGAGACACUUGAUACUGAGUUCGAUUUUGAGGUAUAGUUAAAGCGAAACUUUUUAAAAUUAAUAUUUUGAAUUUGGUACUUUAGUGAAAUUAUUAUAAUGCGGACCACUUAAAUGGUCGGAUAAUUAACUAUAUUUCCGAUUCUAUUAUAAAUUUUGUAUACACUGACGCGUCAGAAUAAUAAUUUCACUGUAAUAUUAAAUUGAAAAAUUUGCUUUAAUCAAUCUCAGUGUCAAGUGUGUCAUACUUAGCUACACAUCUCUGUACUAACAUGUAUAUUAUAAUAAAUCUGACAGUACAUAAUUGUAGUAAAUUAUACGCCAAUUAUUAAACUCAGGGACCUUAGCUAGAUUAAGUACAUUAGAUACCAUCAUGCCUUUGCAUUUGGGGAAUUGACGAUAAUCAGUGCCAUAACAUGCCCCUCGUUCAUAGCCAUCCGUGACCAUUGCUCAAAUAGUGUUCCCUUCCAGCGUCGCUUAACUACGUGACGAUCUGACGGGCUUCCUCGUAUCACGACUCUUGCAGGGAUAGAAUGAUCACUUUUGCGGAGUUGUAUAAUGAUACAUUUCUUAUAAUCCAGCCGAUGAAUGCGUAGUGGUUCGUGGAUUUGACGACCAGCAUUAAACUCGGCUCGGUAUACAUUAAAUUUAUCGUAAUGCGGUUCGCGUAAAGUGAUUGUUUUAACUCGUUUGGCGAUAUAAAAUGGACACUUUGAUUACUCUAUAGAAUUUUACGAUUAAUGUUUGCAAUUUGUCUAUUUUUUAUUUUUUUAUUUAUGUGGUUAUAGUAAGAUAUUCAGACAUGUCUAGUGACAUAUUU